ACUAAACCAUCACUCUCACUCCUCACUCGACGCAUAUUUUAUUACAGGCACUUCAUCAUCACAAAUCGUCCGCAUUCAAAAUUGAUCGGUCCUUCUCGUUCUUCAUCCACACACUAAAAAUCCAGAAGAACACACACAAGAUUUAAUUCAAAUGGCUCUGGUACCGUCGUCUUCAGCGUUGAACCACACCCCUCUGAUCGCGGAGGUCGACAUGGGAGCUGACUACUCCGGCUCCACCGUCCGCGCCACCGUCUUCCAAGCCUCCACCGUCUUCUACGACACCCCUGCCGCUCUAGAUAAGGCUGAGAGAUUAUUGGCUGAAGCGGCUGGGUACGGAGCCCAGCUGGUUGUGUUCCCUGAAGCAUUUGUGGGUGGUUAUCCCCGUGGGUCGAAUUUUGGCGUUGUCAUUGGGAACAGAACAGCUAAGGGCAUUGAGAUUUAUUGUGCUCCUACAGCUGAUUCCAGGGAUAUGGUAAGCAUCAAUGACUCAUAUUGCCUUAGAGGGUGGGUGUUUUGUCCUAUCAGCCAAUCAGUUCUGUCAAAGGAAAGACUACCCCCCUCCUCCAGAAUAUGUAUUUGCAGGCACAGAAGAGGAACCUGCUCCAGAUUCUGUUGUCUGUGCCGGAGGCAGUGUCAUCAUCUCACCGUCAGGGACUAUUCUCGCUGGACCCAAUUAUGAUGGGGAGGCACUCAUCUCAGCAGAUCUCAAUCUUGGGAAAUAGCAAGGGCGAAAUUUGACUUUGAUGUGGUUGGACACUACUCACGGCCUGAAGUGCUAAGCUUGAUCGUGAGGGACCAUCCAGCAACUCCAGUUACAUUCACAUCAGCCUCAGCAAAGACCGAUCGCGAAGUCUCCCAUAAGUCAUAAUUGGAUUUCAUCAAUUCACCAACUGACAGUGGUUUGCAAAAUGCCGGCCUGUUCAAUAAUAAUAAGAAGACCCUUUUGUAGAUAUCAUUGUUGAUGUAUUUCCUAUGUAACCGGUCCGCCUUGAUUUCGUAUAUGGUUCUCGUUCAUCAAAUGUGAAUCGUUUUAACUCAUUUGUACCGUAAAGAAGUUGCUACAGAUGAAGUUUAAUAUGGUUCUGUA